CACUUCUCUCAAUUUACCUCUUCUUUCCCUUCUUCAAUUAAUGUCAAAACGUAAUGCAACGCUGAUUCUAGUGGCAGGAAUGCUAGUGUCUGGCGUGGCCAACACCAUCCUCAAUAAGCUACAAGAUAUGCAGUGUGUGGAGAAUUGCUCUGAUCCUGAUCCUGAAAAGAGAUUGUAUUUUGAGCAGCCAGUUUGGCAAACCUUAAACAUGUUUAUUGGUGAGACAGGUGUAUGGAUAGUGUACCUAUUUCAACUAUGGCAAAAGAAGCACUUGCGUCUUGAAGACGAUGAUGAAGAAGUAGUCCCCUCGGCUGUGAAUCAACUGGAUGCUGGCGUAGUGGUAGACGAUGCUGAUAGAAUCCUGAAGGAAGCUCAUCCAACAGAGGAAUUGGCUGGAUGGAAGAACUUUCUCUUCUGGAUACCAACUAUAUGUGAUUUGACUGCCACCACUCUCAUGAAUGUCGGUCUUAUCUACACGGCUGCUAGCGUUUAUCAAAUGCUUCGUGGAGCCGUGGUCAUCUUCACUGGAGUUUUCAGUUAUUUUUUCCUAAAGCGUCGCAUGACAAGGUGGCAAUGGAUUUCUCUCUUCCUCGUAGUUUCUGGUGUGUCCAUUGUUGGACUUUCAAGUGUUCUCUAUCCUCAAGAACGUCCAUCUGUGUUUGGUGAUGAUGAAACGGAAGUUCCCUUUGACUGGCAGUCCUUCCUUGGCGUUGCCUUCGUUCUUGGCGCUCAGAUUCUGACUGCUACUCAAUUUGUUGUAGAGGAGAAGAUCAUGUCCAGAUACCAUGUCAAACCACUCCGUGCUGUCGGCUUAGAAGGCUCGUUUGGUUUGGUGUCGGUGUUGGCUGGUAUGCCUAUCCUGUACGCUAUAUAUGGCAAUUCCAGACCGUUUUUCGAUAUGCCACGUGGAUGGCAUCAAAUUACGGCAAAUCCUGCUGUUUGGGGUACAGGUAUUGCCAUUGCCUUCUCCAUUGCCUUCUUCAACUUUUUCGGUCUUAGCAUUACCACCACCGUGUCUGCCACUGCUCGCAGCACCAUCGAUACCUGCAGAACGUUGUUCAUUUGGAUGGUGUCAUUAUAUCUUGGUUGGGAGCGAUUCUCAUGGGUGCAAGUCAUUGGUUUUGUCAUCUUGGUUCUUGGUACCUUCAUCUUCAACGACGUCAUCAAGCCUCCGUUCUUCAACGGUGAGGAGGGGCCUGAAACGUCUCCACUGCUUAGAGAAGAUGAAAAUGAACAAUAAUGAAUGAGUUCCAUAUGAUUUGGAUGGAAAUUUUUUGAGGUUAAAAAGCGAUGUGUUCAUAUCAUAAUGUUAGUGAUGAUUUGUUGAUGGUGCCUUUGCUUGUUUGGGUUUAUUUCUUUUCUCUUACGUAUUGGUUCAUUCGUUGUUACUCUCCUGUUUUCGUUUCUUUUGUCUUUUGCGCUUUUUCUUUGUGUAAGUUAAUUUUCACACAUUUCGAUCUUCAAUACAAAAUCAUUGGAUGCUGCUUCUCCAUGAUCGCUAUUACAAACAUUGAAGGUACAUA